AUGUGGUCUUUAAAAGAUUCUCCAAUGAGCCAUCUUUUGGAGAAACCAAAUAUUGCGAUGCCCAUUAAGACUACUAGUGGUCAACUAACGACAACAGCAGCCGCCGCCGUAACAGUUACCACCAAUGCCAAUUUAAAUGCCACUACCACCAGCAAUGCAACAACAAACACAUCCUCCAAACUAAACGAUACAACAACAUUUACAAGUUCCGAAGAUGUCAUUGCAAAAACAAAAGAUGUUAAGGCUAGUACAAAUUUUGAUGCCGUCAUUAUGAGCCUGACGGCGGGUGCGGCGGCUGGUGCCUUGGCCAAAACAGUUAUUGCACCCUUGGAUAGAACGAAAAUUAAUUUUCAAAUAAACAAAUCUGUUCGCUAUACCCUAAACGGUGCCAUUGUGUUCCUCAAACAGACCUAUGCCAGAGAGGGUGUCCUGGCAUUAUGGCGUGGCAAUUCCGCAACGAUGGCUCGCAUUGUGCCUUAUGCUGCUAUACAGUUUACCGCUCACGAACAAUGGCGUAAAAUAUUAUCUGUCGACAAAGAUGGCACAGACACCAAAGCACGACGAUUUAUUGCUGGCUCUUUGGCAGGUAUUACAUCACAGUCCUUGACCUAUCCAUUGGAUUUAGCCAGAGCUCGCAUGGCUGUUACGGACAAAUACACAGGCUACAAAACAUUGCGUCAAGUAUUUGUUAAAAUAUGGAUAGAAGAAGGACCACGCACGCUGUAUAGAGGUUAUUGGGCAACUGUUUUGGGUGUUAUACCAUAUGCUGGCACAUCAUUUUUCACCUACGAAACACUGAAACGUGAAUACACGGAAAUGACUGGUAAUAGUAAACUAAAUACUCUGACAUCACUGGCAUUUGGUGCAGCAGCUGGUGCUGUUGGCCAAACAUCUAGCUAUCCAUUGGACAUUGUGCGAAGACGUAUGCAAACAAUGGGUGUUACCAAAGACGGACAUAACAAAUAUCCCAGUAUAUUUGUGACGCUUAAGACCAUUUAUAGGGAGGAAGGUAUUAAAAACGGCUUUUAUAAGGGUUUAAGUAUGAACUGGAUAAAGGGACCCAUUGCGGUGGGCAUUAGUUUCUCCACAUAUGAUUUCAUUAAAGAAUUGCUGCGCGAUUUGUUUCAUUUGAAACGGGGACGGGAGAGCAGUGGCAGCCAUUAA